ACAUUUUUCAUCGGUGUGCUGUGUGUGUCGACAGUAAAGAAGCUGAAGGCGCACACAAGAGGAGGCGAAUGAAACUCCGCACACACAACGAACACGGCGACGACGGAGAAGAAGAAAAGCUAGCGAACUCGCAGCUCUGAACAUACUGUGGCACGGGAAAAAGACAUUUUUCGUUUGAAUUUGCCUAGUUUCCUUAAGUUUUGUAGCAAUUCAAGCUAGUUGAAGUGUAGUUCCGGUGAAAUUUUGUUAUAGUGCGCGGAGUAGAACAUUUUCGAACAGGAUUUUCGGGACUAAAAUCGAAGCAGUAACGACAGGCAGGAGAAGGUUUCGAGCAAAAAAAGAAGAAAUCGAUACACAUACUGGGAAGAAGAAAAGCGGCCAGAGUGAAUGUGUGGAUUUGGAAGAGAUUCGAGGAGCCUCAGUUCAAGAACGAAAAAAAAUUUUUUUUCUUGAGAAUAACCCCCAGUUUACCGCAAAUUAAAGACGGCCAAAAACUAAGAUUUAGUGGUGUGAUGGCGUCUUGUGAUCAGUGUUCAUGAACGGAUUAAUUAUUACAGAAAGGAAUUUCUAUGGGUAAAACGGGAAUGACUGUUAUCAGCAGGUGGGUAUUGGGCAAUUUGUUUUUCGGUGGAAUAUGGCCCUCGACGUCCUGUUGCUACCGUAUGUGCCAAUGAAAUAUCUUCCACAUGUGUGCCCAAUAAAAAUUGAAGAAAGCUAAGCUCAGAAGUUUUUUUUAGCAUAGUUUGCUGAUGAAUUAUGUCAUAUUUUUAUUACUAGUGAAAGCUGUCCAGGAAUAGUAGAACCAUGAAUCAUCGGUACCCGGCCUAGUGAUAAAUGCUGUAGUUCGUUCAUAGUAUCAAUGGACAAUGGUGAUUUGUGGCUGUGAUGUUGGAGGAGAAAAAUUCUCAGGGCUCUCGGAAUAUACUAUUAUUUGCAGUGACCAAUAGAAACAAUUUACUGGUAAUUUUCUAAAUGCUGAGUUCCUUGAAAGCAGAAGUAGAAAAUGGUGACGAACCUUUGAAAAACUUCGAGAGUGAAUGGAAACCAUUAAAAACACACGAAGGGAAGUGAAAUACGAAAAAGGCUGCAGAGCUAGCAAAAGAAAAGUUGACAGAUUGCGAGUGUAUGUGCGUUGGUGUUAGUGUGUCGGUGUAUGUGCGCGAUGAUAUAGGGUUUACGGUUGGGGAGAAUCGAUUUUUCCCUCGACAACUACGGCGACGUUGGAGUUUGCCUAUCUCAAAGCAUAUUCUCCCUUCAAUGGGGGAAAACUUCGUUUGGAAGGACCAAGUGCGGAGAGAACGGUGGUAGGAAGUGUGAAACGGAAAUACACCGGAGCUGGUGGAAGAAAACCGGAAAUUCAUCAAUCAAACACGUACGCACACAGAACCAUACAUACAUGAUUCCAUCCUUGGUGCAGCAUAAUGUGAAUUAACAUCCAAUAACUCACGCAAAUGCAAUAUCGCCCCCGUGUAUGGUGUCCAGAAGCGAAAUCGAUGGCAAAUUGCAUAUUCAAACUACCAACAUAAUCAGUUCAGGCAUCAGCAAGUUUCAAUUAUCCAUUAUGACACUUGGUUGGCUAUAGACAGCGGCACUCAGCAACCUACAAGCUGAGGAAUCAAGUAGCAGUCAAAAUAAUUAAUUGAUAAUGUCCUCUUCCAGUGAAAAUUAUUGCCGCGGCAAGGCGAUUCACAGUGAGAGCGAGAGCUUAUGAAUAAAACGAACAUCAAUAAGAAAAACAACGAACAUCACUUGAGUCGGACAUUCCACGGUGGAAAAAGAGGAAAAAAGGCGAGCGACACUCACACCAACAAAAGACACACACGGUUGUGAUCUGGAGCUGGUACACACCAAAUUAAAGGUAUUACUGUAGAGAGAAAGAGAGAGAGAGAGAGAGAGAGAUUGAGAGACUUUGGAAUCCUACACACAUUCUCAACCUUUUUGCCUGCCACAUAUCUUGAAACCGUGUGAUCAAAGCCGACUUAAGCCCCGUUCCGGUUCGGUCCAAGGACCAUGUAUAUUAUCAAUCCAAGCAGUGGUAAGGAGAUCCCAAACAGUUAUCCCACUAGUUCCAGUACCGGAAGUAACUCUUCCACCAGCAGCGGCAACAGCAGUAUCAAUAAUGCUAACACCCACCAGCAAGAAAUUAUCAGCAAAAUCUUGACAAAAUGUGCCACAAUGACCGAUGAAGCUGCCACCAGUGGUACAACCGCAGCUGCCACUGUCAAUGGUACCGCGACGAUACUACUCUCUCCAACGCACCACCAUUCCCAUCAUCAGUCGCUUCCAUCCGGAGUUUCACCUCAAUCGUCCCCUACUUCGUCAUCCUCCAGUGCUUCCUCUCCGACGGCCGAUGGACCACAAUUACACUCCAGCUUCGGUGCUGCUGGACGCGAAAAAGCGAAUGCCACCGGCAAAUCUGGUGGCACCGCAACCAGCGGAUCGUCGAACGGAACAGCAACCGGGACGAUAGGAUUAAACUUUGGCGCCGAUGGUAGCUCGAAGCAAACCCAUGGCUCCUCCACCAGUAGCGGUAAAGUCAACGGCAAUGGUACCCUGCCAGCUUCGAUCAGUACCACGAACGCUUCCGGCGGAAGGUUGCAGUUUUUCAAAGAUGGUAAAUUCAUCCUGGAGCUGGCACGUGCUCGCGAAGGUGAAAAAACCAGCUGGAUCUCGGUUCCUCGCAAAACGUUCUGGCCACCGACGGUUAGCUCUACCAGUGCCAACUUUCACAAGCACGAAAGCUCGACCUCACUCAGCUUUUCCGACGAUAACAGUUCGGUUCAGUCGUCGCCUUGGCAGCGGGAUCAUUGCUGGAAGCAGCCGAAUCCGCGAUCGAACAUUUCCAAGGAAAUGACACUGUACUAUCACCGACCGAGCUGCGUUCGUUUCAAACUUUCGCCGGAUGUGUUGAAACGUUUGCGACUGAAGCGACGGAGACCGUACGAGCAGUCAAUGGGAGGCGGCGGUGUCGGCGGCACAGUUGCCCUGAACUAUGAGAUUAUUAGGCAUAGACAAUUGCCUUCGGAAACGGAGGACGACGCGAUGGAUCUGAAGGUUAAUGGCAAAACCACCGAGACGACAAGUGAUGAGGAUGAGAAUAAAAGUCGAACCAAUGCAGGCACUGGAACAGGUGCACAGAAUGGAACGAAAGAUUUCAAAAUUAGGAGCUUUAGAGGUACGUUAAAACGAAGAAAAGAAUUGGAUUCAAUCGUGCAACAGCUGAAGGCACGCGGGACUACAAAUGCAAAUAACACUACACGAAUCGCAUCCACUGGUAUGCGAUCCGUGUUUAACUCGUCGCACCAACAGCACGUUUCUCCCCGGAAAAGAAUACUCAGAGAGCUUGAGAAGGUCUCCUUGGAGGACAGCAGUACUAUGAAACGAUCUCGUCCUAAGCCAGGUAGUAAUAGCACUGUGAUCACGGCAACGACCGCGACACCACUCAUUCCAGUGACCAGUAAUGGAUCUGGGAGCUGUGGCAGCAGUAACGGUAGCAACAACAGCAGUAGUAAUAACAGUAGUAAUAGCAACGGUAAACUAACGAACGGGAUAUCGGCAAUGUCGGCAACAGAAGCACGAACACCAAUCAUUCCGACGACACCGGUUUCGCGACCUAUUAGUAGCUACAGUAUAACCUCGCUACUAGGGCACAACUCGUCCAGUGAAAGCAGUAGCGGACGUUCCAAGCAAGAAACAAACACCACAACUAGUCAUCAUCCGUACCAACAACUCCAUCCGCAUUCUUCCCAUUAUCAGUAUCCCGUAAAGGACGUUGUAACCUCACCGAAGUCUCCCUCCGAUGCACAUGUAAAUCAGAGGUAUUUUGGCAAGAAAAGAUCACCGAGUUAUGGCACACAGAACGCUGCAUCGGCAGCUUCUCCGAGCUCUGCCACGGAAUUCGGGUCGGGCUACGGAAUGGUUCGAUCGCCAGAUCUCAGUCCUAGCCCUGAACAUCAAAACCAUAGCUUCACGCGUUAUCGCCAGCAUCCGUACAGUAUCCACCCGACUGUCUCUUCUCCCAGUAGCUAUUCAACUAUGUCACGAUGCUCGCCAUCGCCGAGCACAAAUGAUUCGGUCAGCUCGCCAUACAGUGGAAAGUAUCGAUCGGCUUACAUUGCAUCCAGUGGUUCCCCUCCUUCCUCAGUGUCCAAUGCUACCACGGUUCACUCUCCACAGCACUAUUCGAGACAUUCGCCUUUAAACUUUGCUCGAUCGCCACCGCCGUCACAUCAAGCGAACUACCCAGCUGCCAACAGCUUGCGAAACACCGGAAAAGAUCCAUCAUCUCCUCGAGCAUCCCCUAAUGCGGAGUCGGUACGAAUACCUGCGACAACUCCUACUUCUUCCAACUCCACAUCAUCAAGUAUUCGAACUGUGCCAAAGAAAACGGCAGCACUGCGACAACAAUUUGGCUCCCCAUCUUCUUCGCCAUCUACCGUAGAUCCAGCGAAGCGAGAGCGUUCGAAUUCUAACGCAUCUUCAACAUCCUCUGAAGUUAGCCGGGCAGCUCAUUUCAAGAAAGAACUAGACUAUACGGAUCGGUCAUCGGGAUCCGAUGCUGUCGAUGGACAUUAUCCUCCCACGUCUGCUGUUUCCCAAAUGAAUCCAGUGAUUCGGCCAAACACAGUGAUCGCAUCUCCCACCCCACACCAUCCGGUACCGAGCCCAUAUUACAUGUACCCACCACAAAUCGCCGCAUCUUUAAUUGCGGCCCAGCAGUCCAGUGCUGUACCGUUUUUACCGGGUUCGCCGCUUACAUCGUACUAUCACAUGUACAACCAGGCAGUGGCCGCCUACCGUAAUCCACUCUGGAUGCACUAUCAGGGACUCUCACCACAUGCCGCAGCCGCCGCGGUAGCAGCGGCAUCGGUAUCACCGCCUAGUGUUGCACCCUCUCAAUUAUUACCGACUUCCCCAGCUAGCACCGGUAAUCGAGACGCACAACUACGAGAUUCCAGUCGAAUACAUUCCGCCGCAAUCAAUAACAACAAUAACAAUAACAGUAAUAGUAGUACCAGCAACUCCUCUCCAUCGCCAUCGGCUUCCGCGUUGAACUACAGUGCUGCUGUGCUCGCAUCAUCCCACCACGCCACUUCUCAGAUUCAUCAUCCUCAACCGCACCACCUGCAGCAUGGACAUCAUCCUAGACUUUCGCCGGCGUCGCCCUGGAGGGUACCUCCAUCUACGGCAUCGUCGUCCUCACAUGACCUAACCGUUGGGACGACUACCGCCUCAUCAUCUAGCUCGUCGCUCAGUAUGAAAGAGGAUUCCGGGGCAGAUGUACCCCUGAACCUGUCUAAACACUGAGUGUGUAGCAAUGCGAAAGGAAUUGUAGCGUUGAUCGCUGUUGUACUGAGAACUAUGCUGGUGAUGGAUGAUAAUCGAGAUCGGAACACUGCUGAGCGAGAAAAAAACACAGUCAUGGCAAAACUUGAGUAAAGGAAUCAUCCAUAAUUUUACCCGUAAACCAGUAGAUAACCGGAGACACAAUGAAAUUUAUUAAAUACGCAUAGCGUACAGCCGCACAUUCGUGUCCGUGUAAGUAAAGUGUCCGUGUUGUAAGUGUGAUUUUUGGCUGAAUCACUAAAAAAAUCUUUUCGGAAGCCGUAUAUUAGAGAGAAACAGUAAUACUAGCCGUAUGUUUUUCAGUGUUGGUGUGAUUCCGCAUAAAUAUGCCUAAUAUUUUAAGAAUAUAUAUACAUAUAUAUGAAAUAUGUGAACAUGCAACACUGUGUCGACAGUGGAGGGUCCAGACUACAAACAAAACAAAACAAAACAAAGAGACAAACGAAAACCCAAGGUUUUUACUAUUUUUCCGAAGAUAAAGAAACAAAACAAAACAAGAGGAAAGCUAUUUUUGCUAAGGAUUUGUAAGAAAUUAUUAAAAGAGGAAAUUAUAUACAUGUAACAUAUAUACACUCAUCUACAUAUACACGUACAGAAAUAUUAUAUAUACAAGAGAAAAGUUCACUUUAGAGCCGUUGAGCAAAAGGAAAAGUUCCUUUGCCAGUUUUUUACUCGGUACAUUUUAGUACUGAUUUUUUCCCGCAAAAUGUAUGAAAACACUAAUACAUGAACAUCCGUGCAUAACGAAUGCGAGUCAAUUACAGGAUUCGUGCUGAUGCAAUUCUCAAUUAACGAAAACUACUCAUCUACAACUGGAAAUGGCAUCUUCCUCGAGCGUAAUACCUGUUUGGACGCACUUCAACUGUCAUUCCCCAAAAAAAAGGGAUUUGGUUGCGACAAGUUCGGGCUACCAUUAAUGCAGUAACAUAAUGUAUUGUCCUAACGGUUCGUAAUCUACCUGGUUUCCUUUUUAUACUUUAAUCUGCUGUGGUAAGCGCUAUCAAAACCUGUUAUACACAAUGCAGAUUGCUAAAAAGAAUGAAUCUCAACUUCUCAUCAAUUAAAAAUUGUGUUUAAGAAUGGUCGUAACUGAAUAUGUAAAGUGUAUAUUAUAUUAUAGACUGAAACUUUUCCUUUUUAAGAAGUUGCGUUAUGUAAGUGGUAUCGAGAUAGCUUAAGCAUGUAUGCAAAAAAAAGGAAAAAAUCGAUCGAAUGCUUACCCCGAACUUUUUUGGGGGUUGUAACAAACAAAACAAAUCAGAGUACACUAUUUUAUCCGAUAGAGAAGAUGACGACGAGGAAUCCAAUUAUCAAAUUUCAAAAUAUAAACAACCAGCCAAUCAAAUACAUUGUGGUGCGGAAAAGAGAUCUAAAUUUUAGCGCAACAGGAAGUCAAACAGAAAGAGGAUAUUUUUAUACAUCGACAAAAGAACAAAUUUUCGGCAAAACAUAGGUUUUACAGGUGUUCGAAUAGGGUGUUAUACUGAAUCUAAGAAAAAAAAUUAAAUUGAAACUAUCUAGAACAAACAAACACGAGUCAAACAAAAAAAAAACAAGUGUGCCUUUUAAAACAACAACAACAAGAACUACACUACUAAAUAAACGAAAUAAAAAACGUACUACAAUUGAAAAGUUGAAAGAUCGUAUAACAAACCAAACAAACAAACAAAAAAAACGAAUCCUAGAACAGGCUUAAGAAACUAACGAAAAACAGUUAACCCAUCGUACGAACCAAAAAUUAAUCUGUUGAAGGCGAGAAUUUAGAAUGCCGGUGAAAUGUCCGAUUUGUUUGCAUCAUCACCCCGCAGCAACGUCGUUGUGUUUGUGUUUGUGCUUGUUCCUAGUAAUGCUGAUGAAAUGACAAAUAACUGGUGCACUGCUUCAGCGAAGAGAGUGAUUUGGAGAAAGAGAAAAAAACUUCACUCGACAAGUGUGUAUAGCUUUUUAGCAUGAGAUUGUGAAUGACUACAUCGUAGAUAUGGAUGGGUUUGAAAAAUCCUGUAUUUCAAGAUACCUAUAUGAUAAAAGCAGACAUUGAAAACCUCGGUUCGUACAGAGUUGGGUACGUGGAGUGAAUCCUGUUUUCAAGGUGUGCUUUUUUCGGUAAUCGUUUCCUGUUUAUUUCUUGCUGUGUUUCUAUACUCUGUUAUUGUUUAUUCUGACGUUUUACGAAUAAAUGUCUCAACACUUCCUUUCCGUUUCAGUACAGUGUAAAGCAAAACAGCAGUAUUCCACUUUAAACGAUAUAAGCUUAAGAAAUUGAACAAAUUUGUUAAUGCUUAUGUAACAUUUAAAACAAAACAAAAAUAAUAAUACUACAACCAGAGAUGAUGUUUCCAACUAAAAGCGGAAAUUUCAAUGGAACUUAAUUCAAUGCAAUGGUUUACGAUGGAAUCACAGAUACUCCGUCGAGAUGAUUUGUUUGAAUUGAGUACUACGUUAUUUUUAUCAAUUGUUUACAAAAAAAUGAAAACCCUGCUGCAGUCAUUCGUAUGAUCAGAGCUUAUUGCUGAUUUCCGGAUGGAGAGGCGAAUUUCGGGCUCACUUAAGUUUUAAUGAAUCUUCUUGAAUGUCUAGACGGUAGCCACUUUGCAAAGUUUUUUUUUUAAAUUAAUUUAGAUUGUCCUUUGAAAAAGGCCAAACUUUGUUUACCAAUUUUUUUCAAUUACCAAAUUGAAAGUCACAUAAAAAUAAUCCAAUAAAACACAAUUCUGAGAAGAUUUUCUUAAAUACACUACCGCUAGUUGCCCGAUGUUUGCUAAAAUUAUCAGUAUGGAAAAAAUUCGAAUCAUGAACGGUUUUUUUGUAGGACUCGAUUAUAAUUUUUUUUCAAUAUUCCUUGUCAAAAAUUGACUAGUUUUGUGAAAAUCGCUAGAAGGGGCAACAUUUUUUUGGGAUAUGCCAUAUUUCGACUAUAGCUAUUUGAAAAAAAAAAGUGUUGGGACAAAGAGAAACGUGGGCGGACACCAAGCCAUUCACGGGCCUAUCUGCACCAGAUUUCCAAUCCGUCACUAGGCUAAAAAAAGCGGAUGACCAUUAGGCUAAAACCUGUAUAACAAAAAAACGAAGCAGACCGUUCUUAAACAUUCUAUCGCUCUGUGCAAUAAGCAGGCGAAUGACAACAUCAAGGUUUUCUAUUAUAACACUGUUCGGUGUUUUCUCAUGUUUCGUCAUCGGCUCCUCAGUGUAUUGGCAGUGCAAAUUGAAAUGCCAAUUUGAACUGAUAAAGCAUUGAUGAAUCGAAGGCGACACUUGACGAAAAUUAAAAUAAAUAUGUGAUAUUUUGCACAAUCUGGUUACCCCCGUAAUCCCAAAACAACCCAAAUUGUUCACUGUUUGAUUGUUCAAAAUUUUCGUCGAUCCCAGUCAGAAGACCCACAAUGGAAUUUUCAAUUCGUUCAAUAUAAUUGGUUACAAAUAGGUCACCGUGUUGAACGAUUUAUUACACGUUGAAUCACAAAGAGCCAACGUUUGAUCGUUGUUGGUCUUCUCACUGAGAUAGGAUAACUUGCUGGUUUUGUAAUUUUUUUUCAAUCCAAACAACAGAUUUACUCAUCCCAUUCUCAUGCUAAAUGUGCGCGAACUCAACCAACCAAUCGCUAUCAAAAGGUGCCAAAACAGUUUAGCUUAUAACAAAACAACGAAUAAAAGAAAAAUUAGGUGUUAUCAAACUGCAAACAUGCUGAAUACGACGUUGCAAUCCAACAUUAUUGAACAGAGACCGAAGCGACAAGUGUCCAAAUGUUUUCUACGGCAAAAACUAAAAAACAAAAACCAACAGCAACUGUAUAUUUUCCGAAACUUCUUGACGCACACUAAUACAUUCCAAUGUGAACUGAAUUGCCCUCACGUACACUACGAAGCAGAAAAAAAACACGCAUUUAUAUAUUACAAACAAAAGGUAGACAAACUGAUUUAGAUAUGCUGUAACACAUUAAAACAAUACAAAACAAGACAUGGUAUGCAGCAGCAACUCGCCCAUUCUGAAUGAUAGCGAGAUGCAACGAUAGACUGCACAAGGUCAUUUAUCAUUUACCAUUUGUCUUAUGUUUUUUAGUUAUCUCACCGACACUAAAUUUCUCUUUGAGAGCAAAAUCUGUAUAAAGUUGUUUUCUUUAAUGUAUAUGAAAUGGUAAUUUAUUUAAUUUAUUUUCGCUAUGAAAUCAAAACAAGCUAUUGAAACAAAAAUGAGAACUCAAAUUCAAAAUUCGGAUGUUGCACAUAUUAUGUUUACGCAAAAAAAAAACAAAAUGCCCACCACAACCGGUAGAACGGUAAACAAUAACUCUUGUACAUUAUUAUCCCCUUAGCUUAUCCCCCCUCGGACACAGUUUGGUUUUUAUCUUACCAUAUGUGAGUGCUUUAACUGUGUCGUAUUGACUCGUAGACUGGGUUCAACCAAAAGUCCAAACAAAGUUGGAACGCGAGGCGCAAAAGACAAAUACUGUGUAUAAACUUACAUUUGUUAGUGUUAGACAACCACACAAAAAAUGCAGAUUUCUUUGUAAAAAAAAUAUAAGUAUGGUACGUAAUGUGUUGCAUUCGAUAUACCACCUACACACAAUCUCCGUAAAUAAAUGUUUGAAUGAGUGUUCUCCUAGUUGGCAUAGAAUCGUUUGAAGUAAAACCCGAUUGGUUUAGAAGUUAUAAGGAAUAGAAUUAUUUGCCAUGGCGGUCAAUAGGAUUUCUUAUACAUUUGGAUUAUUCGUAACUGAACUUGAAGCGAAACACGUUAGUUAGCAUAAAAGGCCAAUUUAUUCAACCAAAUCCAGUGUUAAGAUUCGUUCCCAAUAGUCAAGAACCCAUUUGACAGCUAUAAAAAAUAAAUAGGCAUGUGGUGAAUGUUAUCAUUCUCGGUCACAUUAUGCGUCGGAAAGGAACGUUUACUAAAUGAAUAACUUCAAUUCCAAACAACUUUAUGUAAAACGACUCUUUGCCAAAACAGGAUGGAACCGUUUGAAUGUUAGUCUCGUAUGCCUAUAGUUGCAGCUGUAUUCAAGUGAACUAUACAUACCGCAGUGUUUUUAAUUUCCGCAGUGAUCAGAGCAGCACGUGCUUUGGUUACUAGAGAAAGAGAAAAAAAAACAAAUAAGCGCAGAAAGAUAACUGGUGGAGACGAAAUGCAAGUCUUUCCGAAUACUAAAACCUCAAUUUACAAUCUAAUCAUUAUUCUUUAGUGUUCCUUAUACAUUGAUAACCGAAACUAAAUAAACCGACUAACACACAAGUAUAUAAAACUUCUUUUCGUACCAUGCGAAAACAAUACUUCUAUAUUGAUGACCGGUAAUUAGUUCUAUACAUUAGUCAGCUGCUUUACUACUAUUCUAUCUCAUGGAAUUUACAUACAAACAACCAUUCGGAAACUUGCGCAUUCUGGAGCAACUCAAACAAAAGACAUGAAUCGAAUAUUAAGAGAGAAUCGAAGACGUUUUUUUUAUUCUAAUCAAAGCCGUGAAUACAAACAGAAACUAUAACUUUGUGUACAUUUGUUUAAAGUAAGCAUCUACAUUUAAAUGAACCCAUCGUCAAGACAUGAGUUGAAACCCGUAGGAUUUCAUUAGGUAUUUUCGAGUUUUAAGUUAUUGUAUUACUAGAUAUGUUUUAUUUAGCUUUCCAUUUAUAGACAGUACUGGGAAAAAUUAUAUUUUAUAUGACUAUACUAAACCGAGGUUGAGAAAAAGAAAACAUGCGAACAGAAUAAAAGAUGAUUGCUAAGCUUUCGGUUUCGGUUCCAUUCUUUGGGCUUGUUUUAUUUAUGUAAAGAGAAUGGUGGUUUCUGCGGAUUAUACUAAACACAUGUGAAGAAUCAAACCGAAGAAACUAUAAAUACUGGAAAAGAAAAAAACAGAAAAAAAACAAUCUAAAAAAUUGUAGUUGUACAGUAUUUUUUCAUAUAAAUAUAUUUUAUUAUUCGUAUCAAUUACUAUUAUUAUUAAAGAAGUAUGAUAUAACAACACAAAUACUAUGGAAGAAAUAAAAAUGAUUCAAAUUUAA